AGAUAUAACCUUCAAAAGGACUGAUGAUCGCUAUAAAUGCUUCAGAAUCGAUUCUACGGCGUACUAACAGCUUCUAUUAUCUAGUAAUUUCCUUUUUCAAUCGUCAUGUUAAAAUUAAUAUUAAUCGCAUUUGUUUCUACAAUAGCUCUGAUACAUGGGAAAAUAAUUCCUGAGUUGAGUUUUGAUAUUCGAGAGCCGAAGAUAGUAGGAGGGCAGGACGCCAUCGAUGGCGGGAUUCCUUACCAGGUCUCCCUGAGGUCCCUGUUCAACUCCCAUUUCUGCGGAGGAUCUAUCCUGAACAACCGAUGGGUGUUAACUGCCGCCCAUUGCACUGAAGGUCAAUCAACAUACAACGUCAAAGUCGUGAUCGGUACGAACAGCCUCACCAAAGGCGGGACGACCUACAAUGCCGAUAUGAUCAUCAUCCAUGAAAACUACGAUAGCUACUUGAUAGCCAAUGACGUCAGCGUCAUCCGAGUUAGUAAAGAGAUCGAGUUCAACUCCAGAGUCCAACCGAUCAAGCUGCCUGAAUUCGAUACUGAUGCUGGCGCCGCUUUGGUGCUCAGUGGGUGGGGGAGACUGUCUUACCCAGGCCUGCUACCCGACCGGCUCCAAGUUAUCAACCUGACCGCAGUCAGCACCGCUCAAUGUCGGAAUAUCUUCAAUGGAAUCAACAAGGUCUUCGACUCCCAGAUCUGCUCCCUCACGAGGUCCGGAGAAGGCGCGUGCCACGGUGAUUCUGGUGGCCCACUAGUGGAAGGAGAUAGUAUUGUGGGCGUUGUCUCCUGGGGCAUGCCGUGCGCUCGUGGAUACCCAGAUGUAUACAGUAGGGUGUACUCCUUCAAAACUUGGAUUUUGGACAACAUAUCUGAUAAUGAGGCGACCUCCACUAACACCACUCCCUAUGAUGAGACCACAACUGAUGCUAUUGAAUUAGAUACUACAACACCUGACGAAGUCGAAGUUGAAGCCUAAAAGACACUACAAGGACGUUGAUCAUAGAUAUAAAAGAAAUUGAUGCUAAUAAUAUUUUAGACGUAGACGUUAAAAGACAUGCACUUUUUAUAAUCAACUAAAAUAAAAUCUAAGAUACAGA